GCGCGGCGGGGGCGGUGCGGGGAGGCGGGCGCGGCGCCGGGCCGCGGAGGCUGCUGCGCUCAGAGCACCUGCGCCCGCGCUCCGUAGCGCCGCACGUCGCGUGCUCAGUCCCCGCGCCCGCGUCCCGCGCCGCGAAGCGUCGCGACGCCACCCACGAAGUUGAAAUUGGGGGAGUCAAAUUGUUACGCGGGGUGCUGGUGAGUGGGGCCUCCCCCCGAGGCCGUGUCCGCCGUGUCGCCGGUGCCGCUGGUGCCGGAGCGCAGCCCCCCCGCCUCGCCGGCCUCCGCGCCGCGCUCGCCCGCGCCCGCGCACGCCGUGCUCGCCACCAUGACGCCCGUGCAGCCCGCGCACGCGCACCACGCGCACCACCCGCACCCCCACGACUACUACCCGCACAAGGUCGAGAUGGACUCCGACGACGGGUACCCCCCCGAGGCGCACUCCUACCGGCACUCGCCGCACGAGCUCGCCGCGUACGCGCCCGACAACAAGGUGCCCGUGCAGCCGGACGUGUACGACCAGGGCAUGGAGUCCAUCGAUGAGAAGACGCCGAUUGAUCUCAUUUACGAAGACGAGAAACAGACUGUAAUAUAUACGACGACGCCGGACCAGAAGCGCGUGGAGAUGAUCAGCGGGCAGUUGGAGGACGGGCAGCUGGUGAGCGGCGGCGGGCAGCUGGUGGACGGCGGCGUGUCGGUGGUGGUCGGCGCGCCCGGGCAGGGCACGGUGCUGGUGCUGGCCGACCACGUCGUCGACGAGCUCGGACAGGUCAUCACGAUACCCAGGAGACGUAAGGAGCUGAUGGAGGUGAGCGGCGAGUCUUGGCGCGCGUACUACUCGAGCGCGGAGCACCCGCUGAGCGCGGCGUCGUCGGCGGUGCUGGGCGUGGAUGACCAGCAGCCGCAGGCCCUUGUCACCGAGUACUACAAGCUGCCGCCUCUGCAAGCGCAGGAUCUACACAAGGAUGGGAAACUAACUGAUGUCUGGACGGCCGGAUCGGCGCUGAAGGCGGCCAAUGGCGCGCACGGGGCGGAGCUGGGCGAGCUCUCCGGGCUGCUACACGCGGGGCUCGUGAAGCGCGAGCCCGAGGACCUGAGCCGCAAGGUGGCCGACGAGCCCGAGCCGCACGCGCACGCGCUCAAGCCGCCGCGACACAAGGUGGCGGUGGGCGAGGCGAGCGAGGCGGCGUCGCCGUCGCCGGUGCCGUCGCGCGCCUCCUCGGCCGGCUCGCUGCUGCCCGACGCCGCCAUGUACGCGGCGCAGAUGUUCGCGCCGCCCGGCACCCCGAGCCCGACGCCCUAUGGCGAUCAGUACUCGCGGCAGCCCUCCGGUGCCGCCUUCGCCGUCGAGCCCUACUACAGAGAGUACUUUGUGGGUGAAGGCUACCAGCAGAGGUCCGCGCCGCCCUACGGGGAUGCAGAAGCGGCGCCGGGGUCGGCCUUCGGCGAACGGUACGCGGCGCCGCGCUACCACAGCAAGAGCGUGAUCGCGGCGGCCGGGCUCACCGUGGACCUGCCCUCGCCGGACAGUGGAAUUGGCGCUGAUGCUGUCACCCCCAGGGAUCACACCGCCGUUCAGCAGUCGUUCGACUACACAGUGAUCUGCCAGCAACCACCGGAGGACGGGCGGGGAACGCCGUCCGCGCACCACUCGCCCGUCCAGCCCCCGCGCACGCGCCCCUGGCACGACUUCGGCAGACAAAAUGACGCCGAUAAGAUACAAAUUGCCAAAUUGUUUUCGCCUUAUGGCUUCAAGUACCACCUGGAGACGGCGAGCAGCAGCUCGCAGCGGCGCGAGGACGACCGCAUCACCUACAUCAACAAGGGGCAGUUCUACGGCAUCACCCUGGAGUACAUCCAUGACCCCGACAAGCCCCUCAAGAACCAAACGGUCAAGAGUGUGGUUAUGUUGAUGUUCAGGGAAGAAAAAUCACCUGAAGAUGAAAUUAAAGCAUGGCAAUUCUGGCACGGGAGACAACAUUCAGUAAAACAAAGGAUACUAGACGCCGACACGAAGAACAGCAUCGGGCUGGCGGGCUGCAUCGAGGAGGUGUCGCACAACGCCAUUGCCAUCUACUGGAAUCCUCUCGAGAGUGCUGCUAAGAUCAACAUUGCAGUACAGUGCCUUAGCACAGACUUUAGCAGCCAAAAGGGAGUCAAGGGCCUACCGUUGCACAUCCAAAUUGACACGUUUGAAGACCCACGCGAUACACAAGUGUAUCACAGAGGAUACUGCCAAAUUAAAGUUUUUUGUGACAAGGGUGCGGAAAGAAAAACACGGGACGAAGAGAGAAGAGCAGCGAAAAGAAAAAUGUCUGCAACGAAUAGAAAGAAGCUGGACGAGAUUUACCACCCAGUGACGGAGCGGAGCGAAUUCUAUACGAUGGCCGAUUUAGCCAAGCCACCGGUGCUGUUCAGCCCGGCUGAAGACAUCGACAAGCUAACGGGGAUGGACAUCCAAGGGUUCUACGGCCACGACGAGUCGGCGCUGGCGGAGGCGCAUCUGAAGGGCGCCUCGCCGUUCCUGCUACACGCCGCCAAGCCGCAGGCGCCUGCGCUCAAGUUCCACAACCAUUUCCCGCCUGACGCGCCCGCGUACAGGUCAGAGGUGGGCAGCCUCUCGCCUUACGGUGACCGCAAGGACACGCUGGAGCUAGAGGGCGUGCUGGGCAAGCGGCCGCGCGCCGGCACGCCGCCGCUCAGCGAGCGCGUCAUGUUGUACGUGCGCCAGGACACCGACGACGUGUACACGCCGCUGCACGUCGCGCCACCCACCACGCAGGGCCUGCUCCAUGCGAUUGAGAAUAAGUACAAAAUUUCAAGUUCGGCAAUUAAUAAUCUUUAUCGAAAGAACAAGAAAGGGAUUACGGCCAAAAUUGACGAUGAAAUGCUAGCUUACUACUGCAACGAGGACUUGUUCUUGCUGGAGGUGCGGCCCGCGGUCGCCGCCGACGACGAGCCGCUCUACGACAUCACGUUCGUGGAGCUGCCGCUCGACCACUAGGCGGCCGCGGGCCGCCCCUGCCGGCGCAGAGACAACCGCGUGGCGACUACGCUGGACACUGAUUCCAACAGUCUCCGUCACAGUUACACUCGUUAUGAGAAAAACUGAUUAAACGUUUUCUCAAAGUGUCGAUCUCACGUUGAAAUUUACUUUUAAGCGAUUCAUCACCGUAGUUUUCUUUCUACUAAAACUUACUGCCACAAAAACAUCAUGGUGGUUGUCGUAGGACGGCAUCCGUUUGUGGGACCGCAUUGUAAAUAACGACCACGCUAGAAUUUAUUAUUGUUGCGAAACGACGAUGACAGAGAAAUUCUUAUUUCUAAUGCGAAAAUAUUAGUUCAUUCUGACUAUAUUAGUUAUAUAUGUGUAAUUUGUAAAUUACUAUCUGUUGCUGAUCAAAACGUGUGUGCCAUUCACUCGGUUAUCAUACUAGCUGUAUGUAGUUAACGUUUCAACAGGUACCUUUGAAUCUUGCCAUGAUGAUAAAGUUAGAAAUUCUUGUCACAAAACAUUAUUGUAUUAGUAGAUACUAUAUUAUCUACUUGAAGUAAAAGCAUGAAGUGCCUUUGUCAUAAUAAUUAAUGUAAGUGAGUUAAGUCAAAUUAAAUGCCAUCCACUUUGUUAAGUUUUAUAAGGGUAAGUUUGCUUUAUAAGCUCGCUCAAUUCAUUCAUUUAGUAAUGGUGACUCUAGCUAUAGGAAUCGAUAGAUUGUUCGUCAUUACUUUCAUCGUUCACUAUCAUAUUGUAAAUUACGUCCUUAUUUAUUUGUGUAACUCCUUAAUGAGCCUAUUCCCUUCCAUAAUUUCUCGUAAAACACAACGAGAUUUUUUAAUGACGACUUUAUUUAAACCGAUGUUGCAGUACUGUGUUUACAAAUAUUUGCCAUUAUCAUUCACACAAAAAAGAAAAAAGUACUGCUAGUAAUUUCAAAAAGGAAAGGAUAUGUACUUAGUCAUUGUAACAUAGUCACAAAGGACGAGUCCGUUUGAAAUACAAUUUCAUUAUCAUCUGUGGGAUUGGUUUGUGUAUAAUUUAAGGUAUUAUUGAUAAUAGAUUUUGUUAUUAUAAACGAAUUUCGAUACUUAAGUUAUCGGGCCAUGACAACAACUUAGAUUAAGGAAAAUGUAUGAUGUGUCCAAGACUUUACCAUGUACCUAAUUACGGUAUUUUACCGAGCCAUUU